CUCCCGGGGCGAGGUUGGGUCAAAGGUCAGAAGGCGGAGGCGCGCCCAAGAUGGCGGCCUCCAUGUGCGACGUGUUCUCCUUCUGCGUGGGCGUGACGGGCAGUUCCCGGGUGUCCGUGGAAGUCCGUUUUGUGAGCAGCGCCAAGGGAAAGGGGCUAUUUGCCACACAGCUGAUCCGGAAGGGGGAGACCAUCUUCAUAGAACGGCCGUUGGUGGCUGCACAGUUUCUCUGGAAUGCACUUUAUCAUUACCGAGCCUGUGACCACUGCCUGCGGGCACUGGAGAAGGCAGAGGAGAACGCCCAGAGGCUGGCAGGGAAACCAGGCCAGGCUCUGCCUCACCCAGAGCUGUGCACCGUGCGCAAAGACCUGCACCAGAACUGUCCCCACUGUCAGGUGGUGUACUGCAGUGCAGAAUGUCGGCUGGCAGCUGCUGAACAGUACCAUCAGGUCCUGUGCCCAGGCCCAUCCCAAGAUGACCCCUUACACCCUCUCAAUAAACUGCAGGAGGCGUGGAGGAGUGUCCACUACCCACCUGAAACGGCAAGCAUCAUGCUGCUGGCCCGGAUGGUGGCCACAGUGAAACAGGCUAAAGAUAAGGAUCGCUGGAUCAGGCUCUUUUCCCAGUUUUGUAAUAAAACAGCCAACGAGGAGGAAGAAAUUGUCCAUAAACUCCUAGGGGACAAAUUCAAGGGCCAGCUGGAACUUCUACGGAGACUUUUCACAGAGGCCCUUUAUGAGGAAGCACUCAGCCAGUGGUUCACUCCAGAUGGAUUCCGGUCUCUCUUUGCACUUGUUGGCACCAAUGGUCAAGGAAUUGGAACCAGCUCCCUAAGCCAGUGGGUCCAUGCGUGUGAUGCUCUGGAGCUGAAGCCUCAGGACCGUGAGCAGCUGGACACCUUUAUCGAUCAGUUAUAUAAGGACAUCGAGGCAGCAACUGGCGAGUUUCUUAACUGUGAAGGAUCUGGCCUCUUUGUGCUUCAGAGCUGCUGCAACCAUAGUUGUGUUCCCAAUGCAGAGACCUCCUUCCCAGAAAACAACUUCCUUUUGCAUGUCACCGCCCUGGAGGAUAUUAAGCCAGGAGAGGAAAUCUGUAUCAGCUACUUAGACUGCUGUCAGCGGGAGCGCAGCCGCCACAGCCGUCACAAGAUCCUCAGGGAGAAUUAUCUUUUCGUCUGUUCCUGCCCCAAAUGCCUGGCUGAGGCAGAUGAACCCAAUGUGACCUCAGAGGAGGAAGAUGAUGAAGAGGAAGAAGAGGAUGCAGAGCUGGGGGAUGAGAUGACAGAUGUGUGAUGUGGCCUUGCCUGGAAGGGACCCUACCCAGAUUCUACCAGGAAGAGGACCUUCCUCCAGAGAAGAGACUUGGAAGGAACUCCCCACUCCUGUUGCCCGCUUUCCUUCCUUCCAGCUCUAUCUCUACCAGAGGGUAGGAGAGAGGCUCACCCCUAGCCUCCGGUCCCCUAUCAGACCUCAUGCCCUGGGCACUGCUGAGUGGCUUAGGCCCUGAGCUAUCACUGAGCCUUUCAGAACUGGCCUCCUCAGAAGUACUCCACUCUGGGGUGUAAACAGCUAGAAUCACAGUCAAGGCUUAACAGUGUUUCUUUCCUUUGGCCCGGCAGCCAUGCUUAGCUAUCCACAUGAGGCUUCACCUCUCAACUUGCUAUUGAAGAGGUAACAAAGUGGUAGAUCGGAGCAGCCUAACUUCAAUGAAAAGCAGAGAGAAGAGAUGCCCUCACAGAUCCUACUUCCCACCAUUGUAAUAAGGCAACUGCCUGACUGCUAGCCUAGCUGUAAGGGCAGGAAGGAGGAAGGGGGCAUCCAGAGCACCUUCCAGAUGGCUCCCUGCUAGAACACACAGCCAGGAGAAUGACCUUCCUCUCCCCUCCUCCGUACACCCAUCAGUUGGAUAUUGGACAUAGUAGAGAUUAACUCAUGUACCAGACUCCAGAAUAUGUUAUGUAUGUACCUUGUGCCUUGCCACUCAGGCCUGGCACAGUGACUGGCCCCAUGAGGUAUGGAAGAAGGGGCAUAUGCAGGAUCACCUCUUUUACACCCUCUUCCCAUUGAAGACUAGCAGCAGCCUGGCUGAGAUCUGGGGGUGAUGGACCUGUGCUCCUUAACUCAGGGUGCUCCAGCAUCUUCCCUGAGAACCAUUAACGGGUCUGUAAGAGUCUUUCCUAGCUUCGGGGUCCAUCUUUAGGAUUUCCACAGAGGAACAUUGAACUCUUCCAGAAGUCCAGAGGAACUAAGCUAGGUACUCUAACUGUAGCCCUGCCUGUGUUCCUCUCUCCCCCUAAGGUUAAUAUUACCCCCUCUCGCUCUUGGGUUGAAUGCUGAGGGAAUUAUAACCCCAUUACUUGUAAUUCCCUCCAGCCCACAUUUCCUGGGUCUCCUCCACCCACCCUCAACCCUGCUGAGGGACCCCAGGGAGAGCAAGUGCUGCCCUAUGAGUCCUUUCCUAGAUCAUGGGGCCAGGUAGCACCUGCCUUUCUGGACUACUGGGUUCUUCAAAGCAGCCAACAUCCCCUCCCAUCCUGCCUGCCCACUGUUUUCAAUAAAGUGUGAGUAGUGA